GGAUCCUGUAUGACACCUACCCGCUGUCAGAGGAGACCUGGCACACACAUCAGUUCACCUUCAUCAAGGACCAUGCCUUCCGCUUGCUGCAGCCCGGCGGGGUCCUCACCUACUGCAACCUGACCUCCUGGGGGGAGCUGCUGAAGACCAAGUACACUGACAUCGAGAAGAUGUUUGAGGAGACCCAGGUAGGGCACCUGUUGGAGGCCGGGUUCAAGAAAGAGAACAUCAGCACCGCGGUGAUGGACCUGGUCUCCCCCAAGGACUGCAGGUAUUACUCCUUCCAGAAGAUGAUCACCCCCACCAUCGUUAAGUACUGA